CGUGAAUGGGUCAUGGUGGAAAAUACACAAUCAGAUCCAGAUCAUUUAUGUAGAGAGAAGACGUGAAAUAUAUUCUGCACAAUAAAUGAAGAAAACAACGCUGUUCCAUCGAUGGCAAGUGAUAAAAGUAUAGUUCAUUUGAUCGCCGGAGGAAUUGGUGGUACUGCUGGAGCUGUUUUAACAUGUCCUCUUGAAGUUGUUAAAACCCGUCUUCAGUCAUCUGGUUCAACAUUAAGGUUCAUUCCACAAUGUUCCCCCUACAUGCAGACAUGUGUGCGGACAUUUGGCACAUCAGCCAUCCCUCUUAAUGGUAAUGAACGAGGAAGUAUCAGUCUACUAAGAUGUAUGAAGAUAAUUCUUCAUAAGGAGGGAUACAGGGGUCUUUUCAAAGGUUUGGGACCAAAUCUAGUCGGUGUUGCUCCAUCAAGGGCGAUAUAUUUCGUGACAUAUGCUCAAUCAAAACUUUACCUCAACAAGGUGCUUACCCCAGACACUCCAUUGGUUCACAUGACAGCAGCCGGUGCUGCCGGAUUUUCAGCAUGUACUUGUACCAAUCCAAUAUGGCUCAUCAAAACCAGAUUGCAGCUUGACCAAAGUCAUAACAGCUUCAUGACAAUUCGCCAGUGUAUAUCCGAUGUCUAUAAAAACCAUGGAUUGAAAGGUUUCUACAAAGGUAUUACAGCAUCAUAUUUCGGGAUCUCAGAGACUAUGAUUCAUUUUGUCAUUUACGAGGCUCUAAAAGCCAAACUAAUGGAGAGUGACAGAAAAAAAUAUGCCAAUAAUACAGACUGUAGUGAAGCAGAGACAAAGAUAAGACACUUCCUUAAGUAUAUGCUGGCUGGUGCUACAUCGAAAACAUGUGCUUCAACAUUAACAUAUCCUCAUGAGGUCGCAAGGACAAGAUUACGUGAGGAAGGUAACAAAUACCGGUCUUUUGUACAGACUCUUAGAACAGUUUACAUAGAGGAAGGCUACAUGGGCCUCUAUAGAGGUCUAGGUACUCAGAUGGUCAGGCAGAUACCUAACACAGCAAUCAUGAUGGCAACAUAUGAAGCUGUUAUAUACUUCUUUGGACGAGUUGGACAUGCUGACUGA